AGGGUUUCUUCGGAGGCUUUAUUUAUCGUUUAUCCACGGAACUUCCGGUGCCGGCGGCGACCACUUGUGGCGAUCCAUCCCUCACCAUGUCGUCGGAGAAGGAGGCGGCGCUCGCCGCCGUGCUCGAUGACAGCCCAACCAUAUUUGACAAGAUCAUCAAAAAGGAAAUACCUUCUACUGUGGUUUAUGAGGACGAGAAGGUACUGGCUUUCAGGGACAUAAACCCUCAAGCUCCAACACACAUUCUCAUCAUCCCCAAAGUCAAGGAUGGACUAACUGGCCUGGCAAAGGCUGAAGAGAGGCACAUAGAAAUACUUGGCUAUCUCCUCUAUGUUGCCAAGGUUGUUGCGAAGCAGGAAGGACUUGAAGAUGGCUAUCGCGUCGUCAUCAAUGACGGCCCAAGUGGAUGUCAAUCUGUUUACCACAUCCACGUUCAUCUCCUCGGAGGCAGGCAAAUGAACUGGCCCCCAGGCUAAGAAUAUCUUGUGAUUGAUCAGUGCUAAUGCCAAGGACUGCUACUCCAUUUCUCUAGAAUAAUCCCUGUAAUUUCCAUAAAAGCUAGUGCGCAGUGCGCUGACCUUGUGCUAUAUUUGUGGAAUUACCGGAAGCAUGCUGCUGUGAUCUAUGAUUGGACACAAGAAACUUGUAACUGGUACUCCUAUCAUCGAUUGACUUGUCCUUAUUGAUCAGCUGAUGGGGGUUGCCCACUGGCCUUGCU